GAGCCAAGGAAACGUCUAUAGAUGAUAAAUGACUGAUCCAACCUAUUUACUGCCUGAUAGGUCUCAGAAAGAGUCACAUUUUAAGGCGUGGUGAUAGGGCGAACGACUUGAAUACGGACAUUUUUAGCCUGAAACCAGGAUAAAAAGUUGCAGCUUGAUUCGAGCAACAAUGUCGGGUUCAACGAUCCCCAACAUCCUGAUCGCUUCAUGUUUUGUUUCGUUGUUUGUACUGUACACGCCUGCGUCGGCUGACUUGAAAUAUGAGAGAACUAUCGCGUUUACGGUAGAGAGGACGACUCCCAUCAGCGCAUCCUCUGAUCCGAGGGACAUUGGGGGCUUUAAUAGGAACUCAAAAAAGAUCUACAUCAAUAUCGGUGAAGUUCUAGAUGUCAUCACAGGGCGAUUCAAAGCUCCUUUAGAAGGCGUCUACUAUUUCUACUACUCCUUCUCCAGUACGACAAUGGGUGCGACGACACAAAUAGAACUCCUGAAACUAAAAAACGGGAAAGAUCUCCAAUCAGCGACAUCCCAAGUGAUCCAGACUAUCGCCCCUACCACUCCUAACCCGCUCGAUUCAGCCAGUGCCUCGGUCAUGGUAAAACUCGAACGUGGUGACCAAGUCUUUCUGCGAUUAGGACCUGGUUCUCUGGACGCAUCACGUGAUCGUCCGCUUCUUUUCACUGGUUACAUGUUAUACAGAGAAGGAAGAACACCUCAUGGUUACUAGGUGCCGCCCUUUUCAUUGACCCCGUGCAUAAUAAACUGUGUAUAGAUAUAAAAUAUCCCACAGCUUUUAAAAAUAAUUACAAUUUAUGUUUUUAAUUUCAUCUUUUAUUUACGACAACUUUACAGUUCUAAACCUCUUUUACGAUUAAUGCUUUAAUCACGUAUGAUCAUCACAUGCUUAUCAAACUAAAGGUUUAAAUGAUAAUAACUAGUUAGACCAACAGACCUUGUGCAUGGAAUAUUGUAUUAAACUGAUUUGGUCAAGAAUUUAUGUCCUCUUCAUAAACAUUCAUGAAAGAGAGAUCUCCUCUGACGUCAAGUUUAUUUUGCUCAAAUCAAAUAAAUCAAUAAAUUAAAAAUCAAGAAAUAAAUCAAUGAACGCUUGCCCCAAAAAUCACCAAAGGAUAGUAAACUCUUUCAAUUUUUUUUUAUGUUGACGUCACUUUCGAGCUACUCUCCAAAAUGUAGCGUUUAUCCUAAAUUCAAAUAAGUGCUUUCCUUUGCCUCAGGUUAUGUUGGAAAUUUUCUGUAAACGUGCAUCUAUUUUCAAAGGAUUGAUGUAAAAUUUCUGUUUAAGGAAUUCAUAGUAAUGGGCUAGUCACGUAACCUAUAUAAAAAUAGAACUGCAUAUGAAAUUUUGUUUAACUUUAAAUUAUAUUCUAUCUAGGUUUUGUAUUUAUUUUCUGCUUUUAUUAGGUUCGUCUUGAAUUCGGGUAGGACUUCACAAUUAACAUGUUCAAACCCAAUUAAGCAUCCGUGACAUUUUAUGAGCAAAAUUUAACAGUUUGACUCCAGCGUGCGGUUUAGGCAGUUUUUUAUGUUAUAAAGAUUCCGUCCGUUUUCAACGACUUCCCCCUACCCCAUUACCACACAAAAUAUCUUACUUUGUAUAUCUUAUUUAUGUUCAUGGAUCACCAACAACAUAUUGUGAAUCUCACAAAUAAAAUUUACAUUGCAAGUUGUGAAA